ACGCGAGCACUGUAUGUGUUAGAGCAGAAGAAAAGCGAAAAUGAUGAGCGUUCGAAAGGUGAAAUUGAAAUGCUCGAAGAAACAAUUCGACAGCAACGGAAAACAAUCGACAAUUUGACCACUUCGCAUCGUAUGUUACAAGCUGAAUUGGAUUCAUCAGUUGCUCAUACUCGAACACUUUCCACCGAAUUAUCCAAUUUGCAGCGGCAAUUUGCAACAGCUACCGAAGCGCAUCAGAAAGAGCUUGCUGAGCAACGACAACAUCUGGAAUCACGAAUUGCAUCAGAAGGAAAGUUAAACAGCGAACUGCUGGCGCAGAUUGAUGCGAAUUUUGUGGCGCAUAACCAGGAAAAGGAAGUAUUGCUGUUGAACGCACGACAGGAACGGGAAAGCUUAACGGAGGAGCUUGAACGCCUCAGACAUGCUGUGGAUGAGGAAGCGAGACGAAGAAAAGAAGUGGAGAGGAUGCAAGCAUCUUCAGCAACAGCACCAAAUAUUGCUAUACAGUUGCAAAAACCGUCCAGUGAUGUUAUUCAA